UUCUACACUUUCCAGCACUGCUCGUAGAUCAUAAAAGCUGCUUCGCAUUAAUUUUCAAUUUGAAUAGAAAAUAAAGUAGAACAUUUUCGAAGAUGGACCUAAUGAAAGUUCGUUUGGAGUUGGAUUCGAUAGUCAUGAUGGUUACCAAGGAGGCGGAGCAGUGGCAGCAGACUAUUCAAAGUGGCCGGAUGGCCAUGAAGCAGGUGAAGAAUAUAACAUUGCAGAUUUUCGACACCGAAAAUCAACUGAACGCCCGGGACACCCCGACACGUCGCUACCUGCAAGUGCGGGAGAAGCGUAUCAACAACCUGUUCGAGCGCCUGCAGCAACCAUUGUGGAUGAUGAACCAAAUCCUCGAUACUCUUGCCCGGAUCAGGGACAACACUGACCGGAUGUACCAUCGCCUGGCACUCUGGAUCGACGAUGAGUAUGUGGCGAAGCAGAAGAUCGCCAAUCUGCAGACUCCGCAGCUGCUGGAGGUUUUGUCGUUCCUGAGCUGCCGUUACAGCGCCGAGUGGGAGAUCAAGGAGGUGGUUGUGCAGAGCUUGGAUCACAUUAACAACACCAACGAGCUGGACUUUUUGGUGGAGGCCUGGUCUACUUGUCGGCACGCGGAUGGAUAUGACUUCAAGCGUUUACUGGGUGAUUUCUACGACAAUAUUGGGCGGCGCAGUCGUUUCCUGUCAGAAGCCUCGUGAAAGAACACGGAAGCCCACUUAGCAACAUAAGAUUCCCAUAAGUUUAAGAAAACGACAUUUUAAUUUUGAAUUUGAUGUUAUUUUUAUUUGAAAAAUGUUUUCUUUUUAGUUUUGUAUUUGUUAUCGCCUUGCUUCUUGUCAAAAACAAAUCUAUAAUCUGUAAAGAAAUUACAAAAAUUGCAAUUUUUGUUUUUAUUUUGUCAUUGGUUGCUUUUGUUCUUAGUUCUUUUUUUAAUUGUUUUUUUUUCGUGUUUGCUUUGCACAUUUAUUUGUUAAAAUUUGACCCAUUUUGUUGACCUUUGCUAUAUUUGCUCAUCGAUUUGUUGCUCUUGUUUUUCGCUUUCUGACUUUUUGUAGCAAAACAAAACUUAAUUGUAAUUUGACUACAACAACAUUUUGUUUUUGCCCAUUAUAUAAUAUUUAAUUGUAUAUAUAUAUAUGUAUAUAUAUAUAUAUAAUAUGCAAUUCUGUAGCUAGAUUUUGACAUACACGUUCUCGUACCCAAUCUCGAAUUACUAUAUAUGGUGUGUGUGUCUUCUUGUGUGGUGUCUAUAACAUGCGCUCUCCUCUCUGCUUUUUGUUUUAUAAACAAAUGUAUGUCUUUCUGCCCUUUCCUCGGUUGCUCCUCCUCCGUUUAUUCCGAAACUAAGUUAACUUAAUAAUUGCAUACUUUUAGGCUAGGCUAGUAAAUGGUUUUCCUCCUUUCAAAACGCUUAAUGCACUUUUUUGUAUUUGUAUUCUCAUUUGCUGCUUAUUCUUAGUGUUUGUUAAUCUUUUUUAAUUAGUUCUCGUCGAGCCUGGUGAGCGACAAAGAACCUUGUGUGUGUGUGUGUUGCAGUUGCCACGAAUUCCAAUUAAAAUGGUUAGCUGUGGUUUCUCCUUAGUUUAAUGCUAAAUUUUUACUUAGAAAAAUGUUCAACUCGUAAAUUGAGUUUUUAUUUAUUUUUUAUUAAAAAAACUGUUCCCUCCAUUUUUGGUUUUUAAUUCCAUAUAUAUUUUCAUAUUUUUUGUUUUCCUUUAAUGCUUUUUCUUGUUGUCAAUUGUUUCUGUAUCUUGUUUGGGUUUAAACAUUUUUGCUGUUGUGCUUUACACUUAAUUAUUGCUAUAAUUAUUUGCUUUUUAUUGGCGCCCGAGGAGGGAUGCUCCUCUGGAAACGAAUGAGACUGUGGUUUGUGUGUGUAUGUGAGUGUGUAAAACUGAAACCAUAGCUAGGAAAAAAGGCCUGCGGGUCAAGCACGAUCGGUUACAAUAGAUCGAAUCUCUAGAAAAUAAUGAUUGUAAAGCGAUUUUCAUAUUUACAGCAGCGUGCACUUGCGUGAUAAAUAGAUAUACAUGUAGAUAUAUAGAUAUGGAUGAUCUAUAAGCUGAGCGAUAGGAUACUUUAAUAAAAAAUUAAAAAAUGAGGCGGUGUUUUUGUUUUUGUUUGCAAAUAAGUUCGGGUUUUUAUUACACAAAAUAGAAUACUAAAAAUGAAAUCGAAACUACUUAAAAGAUAUGCAUGUGUGUGGGGGUGUGUUUAUGUGAUAAUUACUAGAAAACGUCUUUGUAAUCGUAGGUUUUUGUUUACAUAAUUUAUGCUAAUUAAAAUGUACACAGGUAAAAAUAAUUUCAUUGUUUAAUAAAUGGUUUUCCUUUACACUUAACUGUUUCUUUAAACUUAAGCCUAGCGAAAAUCAAUUGUAUUUUUUGUGGUGUGUGUUGGUGUUGGUGAGUGUAGAAAGCUUUCCCUUUGUUGUUUGUUUACAAUCAUUUUUUAUUAUUAAUUUGUACACAUUUUUCGUUUAAGUAUAUUUCAUAGUUAGAAAAUUGGCUAUGUGAGUGGUGUUUCUCUUGCUUUUCUUCUUUUCGUGUAUUUUGAAAGUGUGAAGUUAAAAGUUUUAACAUAGACAAGACCAGACAACAAAAUAUUUAAAAGAAACUCAAGACACUAAUUAAAAAAGAAACAAAAACACACACUGUUUCCUAACGCUCAUCCUAAACUCUAGCUCCUGUUGUUUGCACUUAGUUCUACUACUCCUUCAUUCUUCUUGAUCUGCGCUUUGCGUCCCAGAUAUAUAUAUAUAUUGUUUUUAUAUAUGCAAAUUUACAGUAUACCGUUUUCGUGUUAUGUAUAUGUUUUUGUUUUCUUUGUUGCUUCCAUCGACUCUCUUUGUUUUGGGCUGUGUGUUCUUAAGCUUUUGGGGGAAGAGGGUUUCAUUUUGUAUAUAAUUUAAAUUUAAACUAAUUCUCUCGCCUUGCACACACAAAAAUUUACACAAUUUAUUUGAUUUAAUUUAUUAACCUUACGCCUCCUCCUCUACUCUCCCAAUUUGUUGUAAACUAAACACUAAUUAAUUACACUUUCUGCUUGUUUUGCUUACUCACGAAAUUGGUUGUAAAUAUGUACAAACUUUUGUUACUUAACGGCUAGCUAUUAAUUAAUUUCUCCAAUCUCCGCUAUUAGAUAUAUAUAUAUAUAUGCCUACGUUGUGUGGUUUGUUUGUUUGUUUGUUUUUCGCUUUUUGCUAAC